AUGUCAGAGGGAAACGAGAAGCUGUGGACGGCUCCUGAGCUGCUCAUAUACGACCGCCACCCUCCUCAGGGGACUCAGAAGGGUGAUGUGUACAGUUUUGGCAUCAUCCUGCAGGAAAUAGCCCUGAGGAAUGGACCGUUCUACGUCGAAGGAAUGGACCUCAGCCCCAAAGAGAUCGUGCAGAAGGUUCGAAACGGUCAGAAGCCGUACUUCCGGCCGACCACGGACAACAGAUGCCACUCGGAGGAGCUGACCAUCCUGAUGGAGUGCUGUUGGGCCGAGGACCCGGCGGAGAGGCCCGACUUCGGACACAUCAAGAUAUACAUGGCAAAGCUCAACAAGGAGGGCAGCACCAGUAUCCUCAACAACCUUCUGUCCAGGAUGGAACAGUACGCCAACAACCUGGAGAACCUGGUGCAGGAGCGGACUCAGGCGUAUCUGGAGGAGAAACGGAAAGCUGAGAACCUCCUCUACCAAAUCCUGCCACACUCCGUGGCCGAGCAGCUGAAGCGAGGGGAGACGGUGCAGGCGGAGGCGUUCGACAGCGUCACCAUCUACUUCAGUGACAUCGUGGGCUUCACGUCCCUGUCUGCAGAGAGCACGCCCCUGCAGGUGGUCACGCUGCUCAACGACCUCUACACCUGCUUCGACGCCAUCAUUGAUAAUUUUGACGUGUACAAGGUGGAGACCAUCGGUGACGCCUACAUGGUGGUGUCGGGUCUGCCGGUGCGGAACGGGAAACUCCACGCACGAGAAAUCGCAGGAAUGUCUCUGGCUUUGUUAGAACAGGUGAAGACGUUCAAGAUCCGACACCGACCCAACGACCAGCUGAGACUCAGGAUAGGAAUACACACAGGUCCGGUGUGUGCUGGGGUGGUGGGUCUGAAAAUGCCCCGCUACUGUUUGUUUGGGGACACGGUCAACACGGCCUCUCGAAUGGAGUCCAACGGAGAGGCCUUGAAGAUCCACCUUUCAUCAGCCACCAAAGAAGUUCUGGAUGAAUUCGGUUACUUCGAUCUCCAGUUACGAGGAGACGUAGAAAUGAAGGGCAAAGGCAAAAUGAGAACCUAUUGGCUUCUUGGGGAGAAGACUGAUGUGUAUGUUAUCUGAGAGGCAGUGUCCAGGACCAGCAGCAGCAGCAGCACAAGCUCCUCUACUUUAUUUGUUCUAGAAUAAGUCCUUUAUGGGUGGUGGAAAAGCGCCCGUCCACAAACAGCGGAGGGAAUCCAGGUAUAUUUAUUACCUGUUUAUUGUAACUGCGAGAAAGAGGAAAAACAAAAAAAAAAAAGAACAAAAAUGUAAAAGUUGUUUUUGUAUGAAGAACCUUUCUGUCCUGAGAGUGAGUACUUUUCACUGAUAAAAUCUUAUUUUUGUGCUUUCUAUAUUAAGAUUUGUAUUGUAUUUGGAAGUCAAUGAUGUAUGAAUAUUUCCUUGAAACAUCCUCGGAGGGUUGGAGGCGAAGGCCGACGUCACUGCAGGGUUCCGACACACACACCACAAGACCAUAUGUAUAUAUGUAUAUCCAGGAUACUGUAAGAUAUUUUGUUCAAUAAACUGAGUAAAACACUCUUUUUUU